GAUCAUGACUGUAUUUGAGGUCCACUCAUUCGAUAUAUAGAGACUUUAAUUGCAUGAUUCUAGCAAAUUCCAUAAGCUGGAUCAGAAAUAACAAAGCCCAAUGGUUUCUUUUGUCAGUGACUUUUUCCCAAAACAAUAUUUCAAUUUUAAAAUUUUUAGAACAGAAAUUAACGAUCAAAAACAAACUCACUGUACCAAACCAUUCGAGUGACAAAACCCUCUUUCUUUUUACUUUUUUUAUUUUUAUUUUUUCAAUCUUACAUUGCGUGUGCGUGCGUUAGUCUGUGGGUUUUGUACAGUUCCUUUAUCUAUUACUAUAUAUAAUGACUACCAAUGAAUCAGCUCCUAUGGAUGUAGAUCCUAGUACUCCUGCUGCCACAGCUACUUCGCAGCCUAAUCCUGAAGAGAUCAAAAACCAAGCUAACGAGCAAUACAAACAAGGACAAUAUGCAGAAGCUGUCAAGCUAUAUUCUCAGGCUAUUGAUAUAUCACCCAAGACUGCUACUUAUUACAAUAAUCGAGCUGCUGCUCUUGUCAUGUUGAAGAAAUAUAAAGAAGCAGCGAAUGAUUGUCGUACUGCCACCGAGCUUGAUCCACAGAAUGUCAAAGCCUUUUUACGUGGUGGUAAAUGCCACUUAAAUAUGGGUAAUUUGGAAGAAGCCUCUCGAUUAUACAACUACGCAUUGCAAUUGGACUCGUCGAUAGCCACGUCCAGCGCCGCCACACAACGAGAAUUCUACAACCUACAGCAAGUCAGUCAAUACAUGGCGCAAGCACAGACAUUCAUAGCCAAUCAACAGUGGGGCCUUGCUCGCAAUAGUCUUGAUCGCGCUAUUUCAUUUGUAGACGCAGAUGUAGUUCCUUACCAUUGGAAAGUGAUGCAAGCCGAAUGCGCUUUAGGCGAAAAGAACUACUCUGAAGCCAGCCGUAUUGCCAAUUCACUGGUGCGCUUGAACAAUCAAAAUCCUGACGCACUCUAUCUUAGAGCCCGUGUCUUCUAUAGUCAAGGCGAUAAUCAGAAGACCAUUGCCCAUUGUCAAGAGGCACUUCGCUGUGAUCCUGACUUUAGAAAAGCGCGUGAUUUACUCAAGAUGGCAAAGACAAUCGAAAAACAGAAGGAGGAAGGCAAUACAGCAUUCAAGGCCGGACAAUUAGAUCAGGCUUUUGAAGCUUAUACCAGUGCUUUAGAAAUCGACCCAGCGAAUGCUCAUAUGAAUGCUCGACUUUAUUCCAACCGUGCUGCUGUUCUGCAAAAGCAAAAGAAAUUUGAAGAAGCUCUCGUGGACUGCGAUAAAGCGAUUCAAUUAGACGAUGGAUUCUACAAGGCUUAUAGUAGACGUGCUGCUUGCUAUAUGGAAACUGAGCAAUACGAGGAAGCGGUGAAAGAUUAUAGAAAGUUAGUUGAAGUGGAUGCAUCCAAUAGAGAAUAUCAAAACCUGUUGCGUAAAGCAGAACUUGAGCUGAAAAAAUCACAACGCAAGGAUUAUUACAAGAUUCUAGGCUUAAGCAAAUCGGCCACCGAUUCCGAAAUUAAAAAAGCCUAUCGUAAAUUAGCUCUUCAAUAUCAUCCUGAUAAGAAUGAUGGUGAUGCUAAGGCAGAAGCCAGAUUCAAGGAAGUGGGUGAAGCUUACGCUAUUUUGAGUGAUCCAGAAAAGAAGGCUAGAUACGAUUCAGGUGCUGAUUUAGAAGGCGGUAUGGGCAUGGGAGGUGGCGCAGGCUUCCCAGGCGGUGUGGACGUGAAUGAUAUCUUUGCUCAAAUGUUUGGUGGUAUGGCCGGCGGUGGUAUGGGAGGGAUGGGAGGUAUGGGAGGAGGAGGCUUCCCUGGAGCACAAUUUGGUGGAGGAGGUAGAAGAGGCCAUCCAGGUUUUAGCUUCCAUUUCGGUUAAAGCAAGAUCAAUAGACGUUAUUUAUACAACCCGUUCUGUCAUAUACUAAUUCCUCUUAUGUAAGGAUCUUUUCUCGUCGCCAAAUCCAUAUAUAGAAUCCGAGAAAAAUCAGGAAAAUCUGGGUUAAGAUGAGAUGGACUCUGCAGAAAA